AAGCCCCGGUCUCAUGUAAUGUACCAGAAAACGUCUGACAAAGGGGGGAAAAUGUUAGAAAAUGGCCAAUAAGAGAGUUAGUUUCGAUGUUUUCUCCACGCCUUCGGGCAGACACGAGGAAUAAAACCGCAGUGCAGACUGGUGUGAUGAUCAUAUGACCGCCUGAGAUUCAACAUGGCUCGCGUGCUGCUCUUUUAUCUCUUCACUCUGUCUGGUGUUUUCGCCGGACGCUAUUUUAACGAGAAAGCGACCUGCUACAGACCCCAGCCUGAGAGAAACCUACGAGGAGUCAAGACUGGACCGCGUCCUUAUGAAUAUAUGAAUUUAAAAGAGCUCCCCAAAGCAUGGGACUGGAGAAACAUCGACGGCGUCAACUACGUCAGUGCCACACGAAACCAACACAUACCACAAUACUGCGGCUCCUGCUGGGCGCACGGAAGUACUAGUGCUAUGGCAGAUCGUAUCAACAUCAAGCGGAAAGCAGCAUGGCCAUCUGCCUAUCUCUCUGUCCAGAAUGUGAUUGACUGUGGCAACGCAGGCUCCUGCGGCGGUGGAGAUCAUUCUGGUGUCUGGGAAUACGCACACAGUAAAGGCAUUCCUGAUGAAACAUGCAACAACUAUCAAGCCAAAGAUCAGGACUGUAACACCUUUAAUCAGUGUGGAACCUGCACAACCUUUGGCGUGUGUAACGUAGUAAAGAACUACACUCUCUGGAAAGUCGGAGACUAUGGAUCAGUCAACGGGCUCGAAAAGAUGAAGGCUGAGCUCUAUUCCGGGGGACCCAUCAGUUGUGGGAUCAUGGCAACGGACAAGCUGGAUGCAUACACCGGUGGUGUGUACUCCGAAUAUGUGCAGGAUCCCUACAUUAACCACAUUGUAUCUGUAGCUGGUUGGGGCGUUGAUGAGAAUGGAGUGGAGUACUGGGUCGUCCGUAAUUCUUGGGGAGAGCCAUGGGGAGAGAAAGGCUGGCUCAGAAUAGUCACCAGUGCAUACAAAGGUGGCAGUGGGAGCCAGUACAACCUCGCCAUCGAAGAGGACUGCAUGUACGGAGACCCCAUCCUACCCAAAAACUACCCAUGAUUUCCCUCACCGGAGAAAAGAGCCUUAGAUUUGCCAAAAAUGAUUUCUUGAUGCUGCCCGAAAUCAGUUGCAGAGGAUUUGUUUUAAUCUCAGGAAUUUCUGUAAUUUUGCAUUUGGUGGCCUCAUUUUUUAUGGUUUUCUACAAUACCUAAUGAGCAAAAAGGGAAAAGUAGUCCACCCUUUUUUUUUUUUUUUUUUUUUAAUACAUUUUCUUUUUUAGACCGUUUUAAAUAGACCGAACUCAAGCCAAAUAGUCAUCUAAUGAUCUUGUGCACUGAAAAGGUUUUAGGGUUUGCUGUGUUGUAUUAAAAGCAAAAGUACAUAGUUUGCUACUUUUUUGAUUUUGCUUUUAAUGCAUCUGUCAAACCAGAUCAGUUUAAUCGAUGCACUCUUUAAUAAAUGUCUUAUCAAGUUCUA